AUGCAAAAAUCCGGGUCUCGAGAACAGCCUCGUUCUCCAUCAAGCCGUCCCUUCUACUUGCCCCCGACAGGCCAACCUACAGCGGCUGAUAUUAUUCGCGAGUCAAGAGACUGGCUGCAGUCAGUGGGCACCAGACGUCCCUCUACGCCGAAACAGUCUCUUCGCUCUCUGUUUAACAGUGGAACCACUUCCCAAUCCCGUCCAUCAUCUACAUCCAGCACUCGAUCAGACGAUGGAGAUGUUGUAUCGAGUGAGACUCAACCCGUAAGCACUUUUAGGAAAACGAUUUAGUGCUUCGUGAUAUUACUGAUUUGGUGUAACUUCUCAAUCCUCUAGUUAAAUCGGUUUUGAUGGAACCGUGAUAGGCAAAUCUCUGGUGAUAUUGUAGAAGUUUUGAGGUGUUUUUUAUGUAAUUUUCAUCAGAAUUUAAACCAGUGCUGAACGUGUGUAGUAGGUUUUCAACCGCACUGACUGUUAAUAAGUCAGAACUUGCCUGCAGCCUGUUAUUUACCAGUUCUACUUAUUUUCCUUGGCGAUUUGACUGGUUUGUUUUGGGGUUUCCAUCGUAGUAUUACCUUCUACAACUAAAAGAAAGGAGAACUCAUUUUCUUGUCUCAGAGACGCUUAUUUGCUUAGGCUGACCUUAGAUGGAAAGGGACCUUGUGUCCUAUGCGGACAACCUGCAGCGUUUCAGUUACAUAACGAACUCGCAGUGCUUACUUAUUCUUCUGAGGUCGAUCCGGUCGCCUAUUAACGAAGCUUUCUGUUUUCACGGACCUACGUCAAAUUGUUGGUAUCCUUUGCGAUAACUUUGGAGGGUUUUACUCCGUGUUCUGUGGGUAGGUACGGGACACCGACAUAUGGAGGUCCAAGCUGAGCUUUUGUUUCGUCAGUUUACUUUCUAGUUAACGGAAUUCAUAUGCUUCCUCUCUUUGGUUGCUGAAGUGGGUUUUAGCUCUGUCAAAGAGUGCUCUAGCGCUACUCUGUUUGUGGACUAUGAAAUAAUUACUACUGUCAGCUGAGAAUGUGUGUUGAUUAUGUUUCUCUCUUCUAUACUCCCAUGUUGAUUUCGUCAUUUAAGUUUUUUAUGAGGAGACUUUCAAAAAAUGUCAGCUGCGUUUUCCAAAUUCUCCAUUUUGAAGCGAAUAUCUGAGGAGAGCGAACCCAAAUUGCAUAAAACAUAAACAUACGGACAGGUCUGGCGCGUUUUGAAACUCCCGCGACGCGCUAAAGAUCCUGACAAGAUAACCCGAUCCUCGUAGUCGGCACUGUGUACGUGGGGUGACUGACUGGUGGACCUAGGAUCAGUCUCAGUGCGUCCUAUUCAAGGUGACUUCUAUGGCAUUCCCACUUAGAUAUGAUCUGAGCUGCCCUUAUGCGAGCUCCUGGUUCAUUGUGCGGGGACGACCUCGGGCCUAGCACGCAUAGACCGGCUAGGGUAGCUCUGUCAGCCAUUUCGUCCAACCCCAUCGCCAGACGACUCAAGUAGUGGACUGGUGAACCGAAGAGGAAAUGACGAGUGAGAUCGGCACUAGGGAAUCCAUCCCUAUGACAUCUCAGCGCAUAGGUCACCACCACAAAUCUGACCUGCUAAAAGUCGUGCUUUGAUAGGCUGCCAGCUGACUGGAAAACUAGAUCCUGCGCCUAUACGUUGACUUGCCGAAGGACUGGCUGUCAGGCCCAAUGGUUCCUUCUUCAACUUGUCUCUAUGGCUCUCUCCCGAAGGUAAAAUCCAAUCCAUCAUUUAUUUUGUCAUAAUCUGGCUUGUUGUGCGAGGGUCAAGUCGUGCGUCGUGCGCUUGAACGGCCUGUUUAGGUUUAUCAGCCACUGCGCCGCCGUGCCCGCCCCCGGUCGCGCUGUCAUUGUUUGAUCAUUUAAGUUCUGGGGACAAGGAAAGUGAUAGUACGGUAGAUGCCGUGCAAAUCCAGCUCACAGUAAACAGUCACUUGUGCUGUGCCCCUCACGCUGUGACGGUCGAACUGUCAUCGUCGUCAUCAUCAUCAUCAUCGUCGUCAUCAUCAACGGGUGGUCAAACUUAGAUCUUUACUUAAAUCCACUAAAGUGUCUUAUCUCGUCUAGCCUUUUCCGCUCAAUCCUGGUCGACCUACGAUAAUUCUGGUAAAAGAGUAAUUUAGAAUCCAUAAUUCAUUACUCUUCAGAUUCCGCGCUUCCCUUCACAGGUCAUUGUGAAGUAGGCCAUUUUGCGACUCCAGUCUAUGCUUGUAUGUUUUUUUCACUUUGGCUAUCUUGCAUUUAAAAGGUGACGAAAUUCAAAAAACAUUUUAGGCAAGCAAUGUGCACGAGAGCAAGUCUCCUCAAUGGCUUUCUAACCGCAGAACGUUUUUGUCACGUAAGUCUAUUUCCUGUGUCUUCUGAUCCCAUCGUUUUCUUAAGAUGUAAGUAUAACAUCCGGUAACUUGCACCAAACACAUUAUUUUACUGAACCUUGUCGACCCCUUUUAUGUCAUCUUCGGCCUUGUAAUGGGACUCAAAAACCUACGCACCAAAAGGAUUUUUUUAGAAGUGUGACUAGAAUAGACUUAAUUGGCCGGUGGAGAUAGAGUUCAUUUAGUGCAACCUUCAUGCUAUGGUAUAUUCUAUCGGCAAAGGUUCGAAUUCGAGCCCUGGAUUAUUCAAAUUUGGGACGGAAAAUGGCUGACUUACAACAGUUAAUAAGCUUUGUCCAUAUUUUUUCCGCACUAUUACCCGGCGAUAUGUAGCUGCGCUCCAGUGCUCUGUAUUCGAGUUCGAAGGCGCAACUGGGCAGUCAUGCUCCACACCGGGACCAGAUUGAUGAAAGUCGUAGAUGUAUGUAUAUAUGUGGUAUUACCGACACAGACAAGGAAGACUGGAGUGGUCAUUUCUGGCUUACUAGCCAUCGUCAGUCAGCCAUACCCAGCUCCGAGGUGUGCAAUCCGCGGGACUCGAUCCCGCGACCAGUUAGUUAGGAGUCCAACGCCUCUACCCACUGGGCCACGGGCUCCUUGUCUUGUCGGUUGCGAUUAGCCAUAUUCGACGGUAGAGGAGGACGCUCACCGGGAGACCGGGAUGGCCACUCCUGGUCCAUUAGUCCUCAUCAGCCAGCCUUACCCAACCCCAUGCUUUGAAGCGCCUGAGGUUCGACCCCGCGUUCUCUGGUUAUCGAGUGUUAGUAAGUCCCGCGCUCUAAAUACUGAGCCACACGGACUUGUUGUCCUGUCGCUUGUGGUCGUGCAUAUUAACUAUGACAGCAGGACGCUCACCGAUCAGGUUACGGGACAUACUCUCGCAGGCGGGACGGAAUUAGCACGUCUCGUAACCCGGUCGGUGAACGCACUUUGGACAUAAGAUAAUAUUUCCGAUCACAACCGACAGGACAACGAGCACGUGGCUCAAUUAUUUUGGGUUAAAUAAUUCUCAAUUACCAUAGAGCGUGGAUUAGAGACUCAGGUGUGGCAAAACUUGGAUUUGGGUCAGUCUGACUGAGCCAGCAAUGCCCAUCUCAGUCCCCCUCGUCUUUGCCGAUGUUCAUCUCAACACAUCUUCCUGGUCACUAUGCGUCCACCUAAGAGGACUCCACUCGAGUCCAAGGCACAAUGGGACAUGCAUGUCCCGUUCCUCGAUCGGUGAGCGCACUUCCAACACAAAUAUUGAUUCCCUAAAUGAAGAGGACCUUAAUUGCUUGACUAGGACUACAUGUGUAAGUAUAUUGACCCGACAGUAAGUACCGCAGACGAGCGUUUGUUGGUCUCUUCCCCAUAUCUAGUUAAUCCUUGAAAGUAUCACGAAAUGAUAGAUAUCCUUUGAGGAGAAGAUGGGCUGACGUGUCGUAUGUCAGUACUCAGACCACUGAACAUGGGUUCGCCUUGAAGACUCUGUCUCGGAUUCAAGUCUCAUGGUCAUCUUGAAGGGGGAAUAAUGACCGGUCGGAGGCGGAAAGUGAAGAUUAAACAUUUCCCUCCUUGGAAAUUUGAGUUUUCAAAAAGCUCCUAAAGAAUAAGCGAACCGAGUAUGUAGGAAUAGAAAUUUUAUUUAAUGUUCUAUCAAGUCCUUGGGAUGAUGUUAGAUUAUGAAACUCUUGCUUCUGGUCUUCUAGCGCCAAGGGCAGUUCCUUAAAGCGUACCAACAGCUGACGUGGCCUGUUUAAGACAUCUGUUCCUUUAAUUUAACGAACUUCUAGGACUUACUCACUGUGACUUCAUACCGUUCGCUUCGGUGUUGCUGCCAACGGGUUGUCACUAUUCAACUCUGGAAAGCGGGCGUUUGUAAAAUCACCAGAUUGAAAGUGGACUGUUUUGCUUCUUCCAUCUUGAAAGAAUGUGCUUCUUUGUCUCGGCCAAUAACAACACAGGGUCCACCGAGGCAGGGGUUUUGUCCAAAAACUAUUAUAACACUUGCAUUGAUCUCUUGUUUAUGCUUCCUUUUAACUAUAUGCUAUGCUUAACUCUACCAGAAAUCACGAUUCAGAUGGGACUACUCCGACCGUCAUUUUUUGUACAGUCCCAAUAGGCUGGAAUGUUGACUUUAAUAUUUAUGGUCAGUAUUACAGUUGGUCAUUCUGUCCCCCUCCAAUUUCGUUUUCUCGUUUUGUGUCCAUCCACGACACCAUAGGGGAGUUUGCAGCACAGCCGAUCCUGAAAAAGUCCUCCAUUCCUUUACCUUCCCUUGUCGUUUAGUGGUUUUAAAGCUGGGCAAUUGAAUUCGCCUCACUUUCUGAUUCUCGUCUACUUUCUCAAGCGCCCCCCAGCAGCUCUACCGCCGAAACUCUUCCUCUUUACCAGCCUCCUACUCGCCCUGGCCUUCCUGCGGCUGAAAGUGGACUGGCAGAACGUUUUUCUUGCCCCAGGCGGUCUGAUGGCUCUGAGUGAGUUGGUGCUGUUUUGUUUUUCUCUUCACGUUUUCUGUAAAGUCAUUGGGGGUUUCAUGGUUAUCUUAAAAUUAAGUAGAACUUAAGGGUAAGUUUUGGUUAUGUAGCCCCACCUGAUGGACACAAUACUGUUGGGGUUAGGCGUUAAGGUUAAGAGUUAGGGUUAGUGGUAAGGGCUACGGGUUAGGGUUAGAGGUUAAGGCAGGGUUUUGACUUUGGAAGUCCCUGCGGACAGACAAGGAAAGAGGAGGGGGGAUGAGGGGUCUGCUCAUUGUUGGGUCGAGAUAUUCGCUCCGGGGGUGGGGGUGGUUUAAGUAACGACCGCAAGAUGGGUCCGAGAUGUGGGGUUGGAUACAUGGUGGACAUGUAGGGAGAUCUUGGCCCGGGAUGUGCAUUAACAGAGCGGAAAAGAGUUAGGCGGUUGCUCAUGGGUUACAAAAUUCCUCCGUGUAGUGCACGUACGGCGAACUAGAAAAGCCAGUAUGAGGUAUGGAUGUACGUUUAUAAUUAGGGCACAUAAGAAGUGGUUAAGGGCCCGCAGGCCUGCUUUUCUGAUAUGCCAGUUUUUCGUUCCCCCGGCUUCCGAAAUUUCGUUGGCAUGGCAGCCUGUUAAGGCACUCUUCAGGGCAGCUGACCAUGCCUACAAACUUCGAACAACGGUCUCUCAGGCGUACUGGUUGACACCGGGGUCUCUAAGUGAGGUCUUCAAGGUUUUUCUACAACGCUUUGAGUCUCUGUUCGUCAGAACUCGUAGAGAAGAUAUCCCAAGACAGUAAUUCCAGUAAAAGCUGGUUUAAUCCUUACAGCGGGGCCGCUACACAGGAACUGAACCUGUUUCGGCAGCACAAAGAUCCUGUACGUGCCGGCCGAUCCCGGCCGGCCCUGAUGUUCAGUGUCUGUUCCUACUAUUCGCUUUCGGCAAAAAUGAUCCAGCCUCCCUUUGGCUUGAUCGCCCCAAUGACAGACUUGGCUCGGGGUUGAUUUGUUCAAAUGCAUCGCACCACAGAUGUAUCAAAUACGACCUUUCUGACCGAACAAAGCAAUUAAUGUGCAGCCGCGGCAAGAAUGCCUCAAAAUUAAAAGACAAAAGCGACGCAAUUGGAAAAAAGCAGUGAAGGUGUUGAUUUUGGAAGUCUCUGCGGAUAGACGGGGAAAGAGGAGGAGGGGUUGAGGGGUCAUACUUGCUGCAGGGCGCAGUGGCUUGGCAGAAAAUAGCCAAAGCACGGCGAACGCCAGUAUCAUCCCUCGCUUGCAGCGACUCGUAAAUUCGAUGGCGCCAAUUUUCCGGCAUUACUGUCUCUCCUUGACCGCCGCAACCAGCGGACUCAGGGAAGACAGAACUUAUAUGCGGCCGAAGCCGUUCGAAGAGGUCUUCGGCCAGGGACGACAAAUCGCGCACAUUGGGGAGGACGGCGGCGGCGGUGUUGCGGGCAGUUAGCUGAUCACGAGCUGAAUGCAGCAAGUGGACGGCCUGUUCGAAGGUCCUCAGCAAGCAGCGCAGCACUUCACUCAGAUACUGACAAAUACACUCCAGCUAAAAUGAGAAAGAGAGAGAAAACGCAAAAGAAGUGAAAAAUUGAGGUCCCUCCCCAGAAAACGUGUAAUGCGCCAGAUGUGAUAGACGCUGUGAAGUGGCUAGCCGACUUGACUUUAACUCAGGCCGUUAGAGACCUUGGCGUCUAUGUUUCAAUGCGGCAAAGUCAUCCUAUUACAAUCUCGCUGGAUGGCUCAAGAAAUCGGAGUAUUUUACGGAAGAACAAUUGGUAAGAUGUGGUUAUGUAGCCCCACCUGAUGGCACAAUACUGUUGGGGUUGGAGUUAGGGGUUCUGAUUAGGGUUAGCGUUAGGGCAACUAUUUCUCAACCACUCAAAGUACAACCCCGCAUUCCCAAUAGUUAGGGCGAUGGCUUAGGGUUAGGGUUAGAGGGCUAGGGCUUAGGGUUGGGGUUUGGGGGUAACUUUAGAGUUAGGGGUUGGGGGUUAGGGCUCGGGGUUAUGGUCAGAGGUUAGGGUUGGGUUAGGGUUAGGGGUUAGGUCUUAGGUUUAAGGUUAGGGGUUGGGGUUAUUGUUAGGGGUUAGAGUAACUAUUUCUCAACCACUCAAACUACAACCGCGCAUCCCCACUAGUUUUUCUUUUGCAUACAACCACUUGACCCCGUCACCUGUGCGUUCCCCGAUCCCACGUUUAAAAACCCCUAUUACCACUGAUCCCGUAUUACAGGUGGCUGGGGUUUGUUUAGUUCAGGUGGGGCUACAUAACCAUAUCUGUUCGACUUAGGCCUUUAUAGCACUUUGUCAGGAGAGCGACGGUUGAAGGGGAGAGAGAAAGAGAGCGGGAGAGGGAGAGAGAGAGACUAGUGAGCAGUCUAACUGCAUUUCGUCUAUAUUUCAGUUAAACUAAGUCGCUGGAAGUGGCGUCGUGAAGUAAGCCCAAAAUUAGCAAUCCGACUUCAUUUCUAUUUAACGGCAUUACUUCUCAGUGGAUACGAGAAUUCGCACAAAUAAUGGGUUUAUUUUACUCAAACGGUUCCUUUGCUCACAUAGAAGGUGUCAACUAACAUAGCGUGCUUUCGAAUGAUGGGAAGCGUAGGGUCAAGGGACUUCAAACUUUAGAUUGAAUUGCCGAUCACCUCUCAAAUUCCAAAUCACUUGCAUUUCACUAUUCGUAAAUUACGUAGCAAACAGAACUGAACCAGCCCAGUUAUCGCAUUGAUUUUAAAGAGUGUGUGUUCCGCUCGGGGUAUAAUGUCUAUCGGGUGUAGAUUAAGGGUUUUAGUGAAUUCCGUAUUGCGUUUCAGUCCAUAAAAAGUUCGACUUCUAGCCUCUUCGUCUAUCUUCUGUUUACCUUCUCAUGAGAAUGGUGCCCAACGAUCUAGUUAGAUCGAAGGAACGAGAAUGGACUUUCCGCUCCGUCUUGGACCCGGGAGUCCAUAAUACUCGUGGAUUUUCCCAUUGGAACACUCAAUCGACAGUCGAGGGGAUUUUGCUAACAAAGGCAGCACAAUUGGGUUUCUCGGUUCUGCUUACUGGGAACAUUCCAUCCCCGACCAUAGUGUGAGGAGGUCUGGAGCUUGAAUGGGAAUCAGUAGUCCCGCUGUUGUAUGCUUUAUCACUGAGUGAUUGGCCGGAUUCCAGGUCUUUCCAUUCGCCUUUGAACCCGAAGGCUAGAGUCCUCGUAGGCCAGUGACUUGAGUACUACCGAUUGAGUUUCAAAAUCCCAAGUCUUCUUAAAAUUCACCUGAUAUGUGGCCGGCUGAUCGGCGCAAUUAAGGAGUAAAUGGCUGUUUUAAUCCUUUUGUUCAUAACAAUGUAAAUGAGAUUUGCGCUCAACAUGUCAAAACAGGAACAGGCGAUUUACUGAGCUGUCACCUGAAAUGCCAUGUGAUCGUCAUCUCGCCUUAGGUCCAAGACUCCGUUAAAGUUGAAGAUAGGCCUCACCUGGACAGCAUGGGCUGUCAUCAGAAACUUGUCGACUCUCCACACCGUCACCUAUGCUACUUUACCAGCGUCCACAGUGGUUGACCGGUUUAUCUGGCGUAGUUAUUCCUUCCUGAUAGAAAGAGAUCGUGCGCCAUCUACGGACUUAAUUGUAACUGUAAGCUGUUGGUGAGUUGAUAAUGACGUAGGCAGAAAUCUGACAAACAUACUGCGGAUACUAAGCUACUACAAGAACCAUCUUUCAGGCACAAGGGGAUCUGCCUACAUACCCUCGAACUGAAGUAUGUCAGUCACACAGAGAGAAGAAGCCAAUCACCCCAGGAACUCCUAAGCGGACUUCUGCAGGCAUUGCUUGCGAGCGACCGAAUGCGCCAAAGAGACCAGAUGGAAGAAAUUAAUCAGCUCACAUCACGGGCUAGGAUCCUGCACGUGGACGUUGUCUCUGUGAUCUUUGCCAAGUUUUUUUGCGCCAUUCUGAAUUGGGGGUUACGCACGGACCUGGCCCGAUUCUCCACCGGCACCCCAAAAACAUUUCUUACAUGCGACUGUGGAGGCCACUGCGUCAGAGAAACUGGCCAACAGUCGAAUAUUCGGACGCGCAAACCCCUUCUGGUAGUGCGCAGGCCACACUCUAAGUCGCAGGUGCGAUCCAUGCGUUCAAUCGGGGAGUAUGUCCUUCAUUUCGUCAGAAUCGAGGUCAUGAGAGCAGGUGCCCUCAUACGAUCACGCAGCCGCAAGUGACGUUGCUGUAAACUGACCCCACGCGCUUGCUUGUGCAUACCUAAUCCUGCAGUCUGGACAUGUCGACGUCGGACCUGUCACUUGCAGCCCCGAAUAACGAUAAUUGAGCUGACGUCGUCAGCGUUUCAGCAGAAGUCAAUGAUUGGCGUGGGGUACUACGUCCCUCGAGAUUCGACGAACUCCACUUUGGCUCUGACGGAAGGGGCUGGUGCCGGAUAUGGCGCUGUAGAUGACCUCGCGGGCGGCAGCGUUGCACGCCCCUCCCCCUAUCGAAUCUCCAGUCUACUUUCCAACCGAUAUUACUUAACUAGGCAUCGGGCGAGUGCAGAACGCGACUAAAGAGCCCUCUAAGAAGACACCCCGGUCUGUAAUGCUGGGCGGCCGAUUUCACUAUUUCGAGAAGCAGGUGAGAAAUCCGCGAUCAAGUUCCACUUGCUCGUUUCCUGUCUUAAUGAUCUUAAGCAUGCGGGACGGAUAGAGGAAACACCUAACACAUCGCAAAACCCCACGCACUUUGGAUUUCUUUUCAACGUCCCAUAACUCCUAGAGGGUCUUUAGUUAUGUUGUGGAACUGUCUACAGAUGAUAGUUAAUGCGAAAAAUUCCUAGUAAGAUUUCUUUCUGUCUGUUCACAACCGGUUCAUCUGCUGAAAAAAAGUUGAAUACCGUAUAGAAUUAAAGGGCAGUACGGCGAGGAUUUCCACUUCUGCCCUAUUCUACAUCAUCAUGUGAUCUUCGUCCACUGUGAUUCUUACUUGGGCCUAAGUUACUUUAAGAAGCCGAAAUUUUCGCACUCGGAGUCCAUUCUCUGUCGGCUGCGAUCGAAGCCUUUCGUAUCAAAACUGACACUUGAUGACUGGGCGAUAAAACCACGCACCAGAACUGCGUUCAGACAAGUUACAGGGUGAAGAGACAGGCUGGGUGAAGGUAAUUCGAGGGACAAACUCUAAAUUCCACCCUGGGUGAGGAAAGUCGCCAGUAGCAUUUUGCAGUCCUAGUACUGCAGCCAAGAAGGAGAUUUUUUGUCGUAACUAUUCUGAUCCCAUUGGUUGUCUUCACCGUGUUCUCAUUUUCUCGCCAGCAUUCACACCAAGGUUGCUCCGCCCAGCUUAAAACCCCGGACAUUAGUUUUUGACGCGAUGGAGCUUCCUGGGAGUCGCCUUGGACCCCCACUCCUCACUCCCAUAACCUUGACAGGCAACUCGAAAAGUCUGUCGCACAAACGACGUGGUACAGCACGAAAGAGCAUUGCUGAAAAGCUCGCCGACCAGACGCUAACAACUACGAAUUCAGCUUCUGGGGUAGGUUCAUUUCUAGCCAGCAAGGCAAGUUGUCAAAGUGUGAGACUUGAGCAAAGUUACCUUUUAGCUUCUGAGUUUCUUGUUAACUUUCAGAACUUGACCAAUUUCCGAAAUAUUUUAACCAUAGUACUCCGAAGAAGUGACUUAUUACCGAGGAACCUAACCUCUACUCACAUUAGGGUUUAAAAAUUGCUUCCUGUUUGAACUCUUUUUUGUUGAAAGACUGACUUAGCUCCAUCUUUGAAUGACCAGCCCGCUCCUCCUUCAACCGCAACGCACCCAGAGGCAAAUACUUCAAAGGUUUCCUCUCGAAGUAUCGAGCUCUGGCGUCUAAUACACUCGCUGUCUGCUGUCAGCUUGGGUCUCGAUCUUCAAUCGCACGUGGGACCUCCAACAUACCUAGGUAUCUCCUCAGCCAUUACCAAAAAAGAUCCAUCGUCGAGUGGGGAAGCGGAUGGUGAACUGGCGGAGGUGGCUGAAGUAGAACCUCGGCAGUCUGUUGACGUGGGAGUUGAGGAAGCCCUCGUACUCAUCACCACCAUUCAGAAGCACCUGGAGACCUAUAGCAGAGAGGAAGUUGACGCCUGGCGAGUGCAGUCAGAACUGACAAAACUGAUAAUACGAAUGACUCGACACCAGUCACCCCGCUUGCGCACUUCCCUUGCCCAUCUUGCCCUGCAGGUUAGUUUAUGCCAUAGCAAUUGUUGUCUUCUAUAAUGUUUACUUAAUAGUUUUAAGUAGGCAAGUAAUUCACAUUUCGAAGUGAGAGUUUGGCCUUUUACAGUUCCUUCUCCGUUGGUUUCCCCCAUCUAUGUACGCCAGCCUAUUUUAGCCCAAUCUCGGGGCCUAGCACUGAUUUUUCUUCUACCUUCAAGGUUAUCUUCUUGUAGAUUUUAAAACAUGGACCGGUGUCCUUCCCAUAGCCUUGUGUACUGAGAACAUGGAGAUGUGACGAUAUGUCUCACGGUAACGUCAUCUGUUAAGAAUGGGGGAGAAAGCCAAUCACCCCAGCAAGUGGUUUACUGGUUGCAGCAUUUGCACCAAGAACCGGAGUAUACAGAGGUGUGUUAUACACCCCAUAUUAUGAAACACUUGCGCACAAAACAGGGUUCACGCAUGGCUUCAAGUUGUACGAAGGUAAAUGAGUUGUUCAGUGAGAAAGGCCACUCGGAACCUAGAGCAAAAUGAAGCCUUAGACCUUGUUACCAAGCCGAGAAAACAGUGCAAAAGAGGCGAUCAAUGUGAUCGCCAACCGCACCAACAGUUGUGUCGUGCAGCCUGCUCGCUUCCUCAUUCCCUGCAUCCAGCAAGUCCUGAAGCGCCAAACCCCCUGAUUUGCAACUUUCAGUAGUGUUCGCGGCGUCGGUUACACAGGGAAGAAAAACAGAGCUGAGUGACCGACUGCCUGAGGUAGGGCACGGUUGUAGGUGCUUCUCUCAGUGUUACAGAUGACCUUGCGCAACAUGCCAGGGAGGGGGAUUAGGAUUAUGGUUAGUGUUAGUACCAAGAUUGAAGUUAGGACACUGGAAUACGCACCGCCUUGGAAUUCAGCGUGAAGCCACCUGAAUAAGGAUAAGGUAUGUAACCCCCUUGAGUGGUUUUCCAAAAAUUUGCCUACCUAUCUUAUCCAGGUAGGUGUGGUGUGACCGCAAGGCACAACGGGGACAUAUGGGUUCCGUAGCGCGAUCGCUGAGCACCGUUCUACCAUUGUAUAUACCCCGUCGCAAUCGACAGAACGGCGAACCCGUGGCUCAGUAGUUAGCACACUGCACUUCUAACCAACAGAUUGCGGGACCGAGUCUCAGGUGUUCCACACUUCAAGGUUGGGUACGACUGGCUGACGACAGUCAAUAAGCCAGAAAUGGCCACUCCAGUCUUCCCUGUCUUUGUCGGUAACGUUAUUCUGUGGUUCAUAACGGUUUGCCUGGAAAAAGAGCCAUGCGAUACGCGGAGUUUGAUCUUCGCUAGUGUUAUUGACGUCAAAGUUGCCUAGAUCGUGUUGAAGGUUAGGGUUAGGGAUACGGUUGGAGUUAGGGUUAGUAUUAGGAGUUGGGUUAUUCCUAGAGCCGAGGUUGUCAAGCUUGGGUUAUAGUCUGGAUUUGCAGUUGAGGCUAGGGCUAGAGGUUUAGAAUUAGGGUCAGGAGUUUGGGCCAGGAUUUUUAGGGUUUGGGUUAGAGAUUUAAAGCCUAAGGUUAAGGUCGAGGUUGCGUCCGAGUUUUCCCUUGAGGCUUACGGGUUAAUGACUGGGGUUACUAAUUACAGCCAUGGUCAUGGUUGACGUUAGGGCCAUAGUUAAUUACGGUUUUCCCAGGGGGUUACAUACCAUACCCUUGUAAAACAUUGACUGAUCUUGGCAAAUGUACUUUCGGUUAGGCACGGUACCCCCUUGCGCUAGAUUCCAGGGGAGGUAGUGUCAGGGCUAGGAGGGUAAGGGUUAAUAUUAAAACGAGAGAACCGGUACCCUCCUGGAAUUUGACACAAGGCCGCCUGUAGUACGGGAGUGUACUUGCUCCCGUAUGCAACCUUGCCUUCUCUGUUGAGCCCUGUCUAGAUUUGGGACGAAACUGGAAAAGCAAUCCGAAGUCACUGUUCGCGGCGCUGGAUACUUCUUCAUCGUUUUAGGUAUAGCCUCGCACUGCUUUGGUGUCACCCUAUUUAAUCUACCAAACAGAAGAUGUACGUAAUUAUCAAGAAAGAAACAGAAGAUCCCCUUAACGGUGGAUGAAGGGGAUUUGUUAUGGGAUCUGGUAAGCCUUCGAAACAAGUAGACGUAUACUGCCAGAGCCAGCAAAUACCACCAAUAUUCGAGGAGAUAUACCCUGGAACUUCCUGUCCUACACUGUUCCUGGUAUUUUCUUUCAAUCCAUCAAUUGGCGUAAUAGCUUUAUGACCCCUGGAAGAGUUGAUUCACGCCGUUCAACGGCGAUAGUAAGGAGACUGUGGCUAUAAAUGAAAAGUUUCACAGUGAUUUUCGAUAGUCUCAUAAAUUCAAAUAUAUUUCAUAGAAAACGUGCUUUCUUUCUCUCGUUUGAUAGAAAAUCCGUAUUGUACACCCUAAGAAAGUGUAUAUGUAGGUUUUGAAAGAGUUUUUCGAAUCCCGAAUAAUUUUGAGUCGGAUCAACCGUUGCAUUAGCUUUUAGUGGUCUCAGUCCACAGGGUGUAUGCUUUCCGCAUAAGGAAAAUCAUAUAUUCUUAUAUGUCUUUAGGAGGUUACUAUGUGGCGUUCAUAAAAUUUUGCAAUGGAUGCGGACCAUGUUGUACAUUUCAUGAGGAGCACUCGUAAACGGACAUGUGCGAUGCUGUAUGUGUGGACAUAGCACGGUCUUAAAAAUCUCGUAAUUAUAAACUUUUUUAAAACUGAACGAUAACGAUAAAAUGUGAAGACAAUGAGAUUUUCUACCAAACGAGUAAAAGAAAGCAUAUUUUGUGCAUGCUCUCUUUAAAAUAUAUUUGAAUUUACAAUACCAUCGAAAACCACUGUGAAAAAUGCAUGCUACUUAAGUAGCCAUUUCUUACCGAGUGUGGUUUCUGCAGGUCGAAAAGGUGUGCACUCAGAAGCCGACACCCUGUCAAGUUUGAAAUACCGUGGGAUAGUGUCGCACGAUAAUCCUUAUUACAACUCCACCUAAGUAAUCCUUCCUACUCGAAAACGCAUCUCAGAACUUCUGCCAACAUUGCACGAGAUCGGUCACGCACCGUAUAUGCGGCUGAAUUUAACCUUUAGAUCUGUCCACAAUGUCUCCUAGGCGGGAUUCCAGGAUUUUUUGCUAACAAACCUACACGCCUAUUUUCUGGAAAAUUGGGGGACUGAAACGAGGGGAGUUCGACUGUUUUCCACCCCUCUCGUUUGCAGAUUCGAGUGAAGGGCGACAAUCUGAUCCACAUUUGUAGACUCCUCUAUCAAGUUUCUAAAGAUCCCCGGAAUGACAAAUUCUUCGCGGAGGACGAAGAACUCUGUGGUGAGUCCUUUUUCUCGCUGGUUACUCUAGUUCAACGUCUUUAUUAUAAAGUAAACACUUUACUGGAUUUACCUGAGCAAUUGACUGCCUGUGUGUUGGGGAACCUUUGAAUAAACUACGCAAAACAGUUUAUUCAACGGUUCCCCAACACAUAGUUAGUCAAUUGCUCAGGUAAAUCCGGUACUGUCACUCUAAAAACAUUUGACCAGAAGCAGACUGAAAUGGUUGAGGACUGUGGAAAACAAUGACAUGUGAAGAAGCGCAACUUAUAAAGAAUCUUUUUACAAACGGAGACCCCAGAAAAGCAGGCUUUAGGCAAUAGUGCAAUUAGAAGACGAGGUGGAGAGCAUGCGUAGCUUUCGAUAAAUUCUCGUUGGGCUAGUACAGUUAUAUGGGAACGGCGUAGAAGAAAAACAUGUCAGCAAUAAGAGAAAUCGAUAAAACUUCUCCUUAAAACACAGGCGGGGUGUGGGAAUGUGGGGGAGCGGGGGGGGGGUAAUAGCAGUCAGUAUCAGGGGCGGGGUGAGAGCGGAAGGGCGCGGAGAGUUGCAGCGUUAGUCGACCUUCGACCACUUUAGGCGCGUAGCCUGAACGUGGUUCUUCUAUGCGCAUAAGAUUGGCUUUUGUAACCUAAUGGCGGCCGCUUCUGCUGUCGCUAACCGGCGCUGGCCUAGUAGCUUAGGGUAGCUCGAUGGGACCUUAUAAAUCACAGGAAAAGCUUCGUUGGGGUCCACACGAUGUCCGGAAUCGACAACAUGCGCGAGAAUGGCGCUGUUUAUGCUCCUCGUUUCGCCUUUUCCCAGCCAUGCCGGGAGGUGUUCCCGUUAUUUUCUUGGAUAAGCGCCGACUCGUGCGACCAAUAUAACCUGCUCCACAGGAGUAAGUGAAGGAAUAGAUGCACACUGAGGUGGUCUGCGGUGCAAUUUAUGCAAAAGACUGCCCUGCAAACCACUUGUAUCUUGUAAACUAAGGCGCCUGGAAGGGACACUGCAUUCUAUGCCCACGUCAGGAGUAAUGCCAAUAAUCGUGACCACCUCACAAACUUAAAAGGUAAAAACAACCAAGCUGUGAUCGAUGGCUUUCAGUAGGCUGAGCUUAUCUCGGAACUUCUGCAAAGUUGUCAUACCACAGAACCUCCUUUUCCAACCCAGUUUUCUGCCACAGAUAAUCAGCAAUCCACUUAUAAGUACAGUAUCAUUUGCGUAACAGCUGGUUUUGAAGGAGUUCAGUCAGUAUUCAGUCAGUAUAUUUGGAGUAAACGACAGAAGCCAUGAAAACUCCAUUUAGAGGGUACAGGUAUAUAGUAACAUAGUUAAAUUGCAAAACUUUUGCUUGCAGUUUUAGUAGGGAGAAUGCAUAAAUCUAAUAAUGUAACAUAAAGGUGAAAGGAGUAUGAUAUUCGCAAAAUAAUUGCGAAAAACUGUUCACCGCAUUCGGACUGUGCACAUUUCAAUAUGGGCUAAGUUUGAUGCACAAAAUAGGAUCUGUUGAAAUCAUGUUAGUAGUAUAUUUAUAGUCAUUUCAAUAAUCCGUUAGAUCAGGCUUCGGCAGUUUGGGUUGCCUUUCAGCAGGUGAGUAUCCAGUUGUCUCUUGAACACGUUCAAGGUAGGGGAAUUAACAAGAAACUCCGGCAAAGAGUUCCAUUGGCGAAUGACCCUCUGUGAGAAAAAGGAGAAACGUUAAUUUGUGUGGCACAGUUCCUUUUUAAGCUGGUAAUCAUGUUGUCUGAGAUUGGACUUGGGUGCCAUUUUAAAAAACGUUUCCCAGUCGACAUCCAGAUUAAGUCCUUUUAUCAACUGGAACGUUGCUAUGAGGUCACCUCUGUCCUGCCUGUAGUGGAGGGGAUAGAGGUUCAAGGCCGUCAGGCGCUGAUCGUACGUUGAAUCCGAAGUUGAAUCCGGUAAAUCCACCCGGACCAGAUGAGAUUCCAGGUGAACUCCUACGUCAAUUAGCUGAACCAUUGUGUUUCAUCUUUCGAAAAUUGCAUGAAGCUGGUGUGAAUCUCCGGACCCACGGAAGUUAGCAAAUGUCCGUUCCCACCUGUGAGGUCGGAUCAGACUACAUUCCACCAACUACCGGCACAUCAGUCUCGCAUGUAUUUGCAGUAUGCUUAUAUAGAGAUCGGCAUUGCUUCUACGGCCCCAUCCCGACGGGAUACAAUAAAACGGCUGCCCCUCCCCCAAGUAAUACAGUUGGCGUUAAAUGGCAGGAAGGGUAAAUAUUUCCGUGCCCGAAUCCCAACUCCAACGCAAACUCCAACCGUAACCCUGAUUUGGCCUUAACCCCACGCUUAACCCUACCCCUAUAUUUCUUGGAAGUUAGCGCAGAACCACCUUUAUUACAGGCGGAUUCCGUCCCGUGUCCUGCAGAGGAGGGCGUAUAAGCAAGCCCCGCCCUUUUUUUAUUAAGUUGACAAUUCACCGAAAAUAGUUACCGGUAAUGAUUAAGUAUAUGCGCGGGUUAAGGAAAAACUGCGGAGAACUGCCUACUAUAUUUUUUUCAGAGGUGGUGUUUUUAUGCAGAGUUUUUAGUCAGCCCUUUGUCGGCGGAAUGACAAUUUCUGACCUGUAUCUCCUCGAGGAGCUAGUGCUGCUGAAAUGUCUAUAUUUAUUCAUUUUUCUGCAGCCGCAUCUGAGGGACACAAUACUGUUGACCUACUUAAUUAUUUUGAACUGGUGUGAUUACGUUGGCGUGUUGUUGCUGUGCGUUGCGGCAUGUGUUCUGUUGGCGGCCUUGUUUCUUUGUUGUCGUGUCUACUUUUUUGGUCCAAAGCUGGUGGUGCCUCUCGACUUUCGACCUGCCAUCUCCUACUUUUCACGUUGGAUGUUUUAAGGUUAGGGUUUGAAACUUCGGUUAGAAGUUAGGGUUAGGUUUAAAGGCUUAGGGUUGGAGUUAGGGUUAGGCUUAGGGAGCUAGGGUUUAGGGUUGGGGUAAGGUUGGGGUUAUGGUUAGGGGUUAGAGCAGCUAUUUCUCAACCACUAAAAGUACAACCUCGCAUUCCCAAUAGCUUUUCUUUUGCAUACAAUUACUUGACCUUGCCGCCUGUGCUUUCCUGGGUCCCACCGGUCCCGUAUUACAGGUAGCUGGAGUUUGUUUACCUCAGGUGCGGCUACAUAAUCACAUCUGACCAAAAACGCUCGGCGGGGAGAGCAGUCAGAUAAUUUAGAAAGUACUCGAAAUGAUGCUAAAUAGAGUCCAUACGUCUGCCCGUAAAACACCAGUGGUAAAACGCUAACGAAUUUGUUAAAGAACAGUUGGCAUUCUCUCACCCCGCGCAUAUACUUAACCCUUACCGAGUAACCGUAUGCGUACCCACCAGUUAGUUUCCAUUCGCUCAUCAGCAUGCAAUUCUCCCUACAGGCCGAAUGGUCUGUCUCCUGUGUGAACUGCGUCUCCCCCCUACGGAAACUGCAACCGAACAAGAUGAUCUUGAUGCUGAAUACUCCAGAGUAGAACUACGGGCUUGUCUAGAGGCUUUGCUCUACCUGUCGGGUGCACUGAAAUUUCUCACCGCAUCCGCCAAAACUGGAGACAUCUUCUGCCAGGAGACGACAGCUCACGCACUGACGAGUAUUCAUGCGGACCUGGAGGCAAAAUCUGCCGAACUGGAGGCUCGUAUUUCACUCAGUGGUGCCCAAGCCACGCGCGCCAUGGUCUCGUGCAGUGAGCUGGCGAAGAGCAUGUACGAUGUCCUCUUGCAGGUAAAUCUGCUUUUGCCUGUGGUGUGACCCUGCUGCCUAGACAUACUCGAUUGUCCCGGCUGAACGAUUUCCCUAAUCGGUCACCGAACGACAGCUACUUAUGUUGUGACCGAUAUCUAAAUGUAUGCAGCCGUCAGUGGAAAAAAGACGAUGCCGACGGUCGUGGUGACGGAGGCGAUGACGGUGAUAAUGAUGACGAUGAGGACGACGGCAGCGUCGUUAGGGAACGGUAAUAAUUCAGCACCGGUAAUCACAGGGGUCUGACACGGAAAUAAGGAGGCCGCACUUCAGAUGGCCAUGUGUUAAACUUUAAGGCAGCAACUAUUGCCGUGUCCCAACUUUAGCCUCAUAACCCUAAGCCUAAUCCCCUGGAAUUAAGAACAAGACCACCUGUAUGUACCCUUUUCAAUAGGGUUAUCAAUACAGUAGGCCUGUUACCCUAAAUAUAGUACAUACUAUGGUAGAGGAGAGCUCACCGAUCGUUCUUACGGAACUCACUCGUCCCGUUGUGCCUUACGGGCUCUCUCUCUCUCGAGCUCAACAUGCAGCCGCACAGCGACGCAUGAUAUAGGCAGAAUGUUAUUGCCGACAAAGACAAGGGAGACUGGAAUGGAAAUUUCUGGCUUAUUAGCCGUCGUCAGCCAGUCAUACCCAACCCAGAAGUGUGCAACACCUGGGACUCGAACUCGCGACCUGUUAGUUAGAAGUCCAACGCCUCUACUAUUGAAUAUUCCCGAUCUAAACCGACAGAACAACGGGCCCGUUGCCCAGUGAUUAGAGGCAACAAGAAUGAUCAUGACUGGCUUUUGAUAUGCCCACCCUCCCCAAGUGAAUUGCAACCCUUCCCACCCCCUUGUUCCUUACGUCGACACCCCCCCCCCAAGUGCACACUCUGCAGCCUUCCUACCUCUAUCUCAAAAAUCCCAGCUCUUCGGUUCCUUAGCAGCAAGAGUAUAUUGCUUCGACAUCAAGUAGAUAGCGGAUUUUCGAAGAGGUACAUCAAGUAGAUCCCAAUUUUGUCCGACGAGUGUAUAUCGAGCCGAUAUCGAUUCAUCGAGAUAUCCAUAAAACGGUGACAGCAGGAAGUACGGCAUUUCGUACAAUCCCUUUAUCCAAGGAAAUACUAGCCCUUGGUACUAAUUCGACCUACAUUGUUUCUAUUGUCUCUUCCCAGCCUUCAAAACCCUCUACCAUAGUCGUUAUUUGAGCAACAAACCUAGAAAAACGCAAUGUAGCCACAACAAUUUUGAAGUCGUGUGAAGGAGGAGACGUAUAUUGAAGAAACAAAAAAAUCAGAUAUGUACAUUGGUCGUUGAAAUGUCAUAGGCCCAUGUCAGGGCAAUCCGUAGGCGAAUCAGCUGUUUACCCUGUCGAAGGCCCGAGGCUUGGAUCUAGGUAGAAGAUCAGUUUGUAACUUACCAUCAAGGAGUACCUACCUACCUGCAUAUGCAGCCUACGAGGACUUACCUUCGACGCGAGUGUCUUCUGCAACAGGAAGUGUGUCUAAUGAAGGACGUCAGACGACUUCCCACUACCGCAAUAUAUGCCUACUAGAAAGACGUUGCUGACGUACGGCCACAUUAUUCUCCCCAAAAUAGGCCACAUUUCGGUCUUUAAUUGCCUUUAAACUGGAAGACCGUCAAUUGCUAGAUGAACCGCCAGCUAUUGAUUUCUUUCCUGCACCCUGUUACGGGCGUCAGCGCGGCCCUUUGCCCGCGUCGCUUUCGGUCGGCCUAGCAGCCUUGUCAAGCGCUGCGUACACGCGCGUUACUCAACCUUCGCCUCACUAACACCGAUCGAUAUUUCGGCCUUCACAGGUUGGUCGCAGCAACAGACAAUUCGCGCCCGGGCUAACAGUAUAAACGGCUGAGAGGGCUAGCGAUGAAACUCGCUGCCGUUGUCGGCUGCGCUUCCUGUACGCCCUGGUCGCAGUUGAUUUGUCCAAACGCUCAGUCUUCCCUGUCUUGUGAUCUAGGACUCUCCAGGCCGUCGACCGUCGUACCGCGACAUCUCGCGACCGAUGUUGUCUGUCAGGCAAGUACGCCUGUCGUCGCUAUUGCCCCUGAGAAAGUAUCCAGUUAAAACAGGCGGAUAAAGAACCUCCGGUAUUCAAAAAGCCCGGUCAGGCCAUGGAUAGCCGGACCACGAUGACGUAGGAGGUUCGGCAAAAGACUCGUCUCUUCUGUGCUUGGCUUCGAGAGCGGACGCCUUUGCCCAUACAUGCAGCACACGAGUUUAUCCUUACUUGAUAGUAGGUAGCACUCGUAAUCGCCUAAAACUGCUAGGUCUUUUGACCGAUAGGCCAUAUCGGUUCGCAGCCUCGCUGCAUGGUCCGCGAUUGUUCAUUCUCCGGAUCCGAUGACUGCCUACUUCUCAGCUAGCCUUCACCGAGGGCUAUUACACCAUCGCCCGUCUGUGGGUGGACCGAGUAGCACACCGCUACGCUAACAGGCGGUCCGUCUUUGCAGAUUCCCCAUCGCCCCGAGACCCGUUCGUAUCAGCAGUUUGAAAAUGUGCGAGCUCGGCUACAGUUAGUGAUCUAACUCAUGAAAUGUGUCGAAAUUUACGAAUGAUUGCCAGUCGCUCGCCAACCGACACCAUUUCAUGAGUCAAAUGUCUAUGUUAGUUAAAUACAAGUUUAAAAGACUUAAAAACAUAAAAGAAAUAUUAUAGGCAUUGUUGCGUUGUUUAGAAAUGUCGAUUUAUUUUUAAAAGCGCAAUAUCCCGAAACGUCAGAAAUGGCUCUAAUUAAGUAAAGUUCGUUUUUAGAUGUAUAGAAUGCAUCCUCAUACCAAACACGUAGUAACUAUAAAAGUAAACAUAAAAUAACGUCUAAUAACAGUGUUUUAGUAAAAUUUACAUAUAAAUAUCGUUUUAUAAGUAGUGUGACUUCAUAUAUGACGGUUUGUCAAGUGCCUACAUUCUGGGUGUAGAUUCCAAAACAGUUUUCCAGUGAAUUCUGUUUCUUUCUCAUUUGUUUAAAGUGAAUGAGAUGGGGUUCAACAAGAGAAGCUGGAUUUUGCUUGAUUUCGCCGAUGGGGACGUCGUAGGAACAAAAGUUUUCAUAAGGUGACAUGUCAUGAGGCCGGUCGGUGCCUAAUAAAUUUAAAUAGAACUGACAGGUGUGAUCGUAAACAUGCCAUUUUGUGGGCGCUCACUAUCAUAAUUAAUAUUCCCGAUCAUACCAUUUUGUGUUUAUAGAGAGAGCUUUUUCCGUUAAAUUAAUUUACACUUUUCGUUCGUUUUGGAUUGCGUGGAGUUUCAGAUCGGCCUCGAAAUAUUGCUGAAUACUUCAUGAUUUUCAGUGUCACCGAUAGCCGGGCCUUCCAAACUGCAUGUUGUGUGUUGUUUCUUGCUGCGCAGACGAAAAUCCUGGAAAACAGUGUAGGUCCCUGUCCUAGCCGCCGCCAUUUUGCGAUCCGUCUUUCCAUCCCCCUCCAUGAUCCUCACAAUUUUCUCCUUGUUCAUUUCCCUCAUUGGUCGGAUCUUAUUUCGUAGUCGCAUCUGCAGCAGACAAGCCCCAGCCGCAUGUCAUACGAGACCGGUGGUAAUAGGGGGGUUAACACUAACCCCUAACCGUAACCUCAAACGGGUGCAGCUACAAAAUAAGAUCUUAUCUCCUCAUUUCUUCGUAAUAACUAUUACUGGUACCUCUUAUUUGCUCUCCGGUUCCCCUAGGUGACAGAAAUGUUUUGCACAAUGUCCGUCCAGCCGGAGGAGUGGUGGAGCCUGCUGAUCUCGUCAGGUGCUGUCAAGACAGUCCUAGAGGCGCUGACACGACGGGCCGCCUCUGCCUCGCCUCCAACAGGUGUUGACGAUCAGGGCAGCAGCAGACGAGACGUCUUCCUCAACUGGGCUCGUCUGAUGGCCCGUCUGACAGAGCAUGCGAGCUUCUGUCAUUAUCUCCUCGGCGACUUGGAGGGGGAUGAUUGCGAGAGGGGAGAGGCCGCAUCAUGCAUCGACCUUUGCAGACCGAUCCUGGAUGGUGUUGAGUGCUGCAAGAAUUGUGUCCAACUUAUUCUUCUUCAUAGUGGUGAACUGGUGAGCCAACAACUUGCUCUGUGGUGUGAGCUGAAAAGCAUAUUCUGA